CGAAAUGAUCCUUAGCUAUUGGACAUUAAAGCGUCAAUCACGAAGUGGCAUUCCACUACUCCGCCGCCUGCAGUCGCAAAAUGGGCAGACGACCAGCAAGGAAGCCAAUCAUUUUCAAGAUUCCUCGCAUCUGAGCGUUACCGUCCAGAAUCUUCGACUCGGUCUUGAAAGACUGCGUCUGCUUGCUGAGCUUUGUCUUAAACGCGAGAAAUUGAAAAAGGAAUGCGUGGCUUUGAAGGAAGACCUUUUUAAAUCCGUGGUCUUCCCUCUCCAGACAUUGUUGCUUGAGGCUCUUGACGGACUCAACACUUUGGACGUUCACUCGAUAUUCGCUAAGCCUGUUGAUUCUUCAGUUGUUAUUGGCUACCUGGACAUUAUAAAGCAACCAAUGGAUUUGGGGACAAUGCGCCAAAAAGCAGCCAAUCACAAGUACCAUUCCAUUCAGGAAUUUGAGGAGGACUUUUCGCUGAUGAUUGCUAAUGCCAAGAAGUUUAACUCCUAUGGCCACUUUGUGCACAUGGAAGCUCGGAGAAUUGGCGCGAAAGGGAAGGAACUUUUGAAGUUGGUUAAAAAAAGUUUAAGCGAAGUAACUUUUGGAGAGAACGGGGUUGUAGUUUCUCUUGAGAAAACUGUUAAAAAUGAGAUAAUGGGCCAACAGGCACGUGGAACUCAACCAACAACCAAAAUUCCUCCAUUAAAAAGAAAAAGAAAAUUUUUUCAAAAUUCUGGUGGAGCUGGAAACUUGGAGAAUUUUGAAGAACAAGUUUAUGAAAACGGCCUUCCCUUACCUUCGGCUCAUGACCCAACAAUUGGGGAGCAGAAGCCAAAACUAAUAAGAAAUUUUUCCGAGAAGGACACGAAAAAGAGCGCAUUAAAAGUAAAAAAACUUCCAGAGUUUUAUCAAUCAGCAAAGAAAGCAGAGCACGAUGCUGCCGCUCUCUUGACUCAUUCCCUCGAAAAACCUCAGCUAUCCUCGGAUGCCUCUCCAAUUAUCACGUGGGAGUCCAACAAUCACCCCCCCAUCGUCGACGACGAGGGCCGCAGCAUUAUUUAUGAUUGCUUGAAAGGGCAGUACAUGUACGGACCCCGCCGCUCUAGAAGGAACUGCUUGCGCCCCUCUGUAGAGCCUGUCUUCCAACAAGAGGAAACGCCCGCCUAUCAUGAGUCCCCUUUGUCCUUGACUUCGUCCAAUGAUACAAGUCCCUCUUUAUCAGUUGUCAAUGAAAAAUCUGCUCUUCCAUCGGAGGAACCUCAAGUUUCUCCCGAUAAUUUACAUUCGAUGGAAGUAAUAACCAACGAAAGUGAGCUUGCGUGUUCCAUUUCGCCUAAACAGAAUAGUGCUAUUGUAUGGGCCAAGCAAGAUACCUUUCCUUACUACCCUGCAAAAAUUGUGAAGCCUCCAUUCCGGCGAAUUCCUCAAGCUGUGCUUAAAGCCGAACAUGAGAAGUCUUCCUGUUUGGUCCUAUACUUCGAUAAAAGGAAGACUUGGGGAUGGAUUCCUGAAAAAAAGAUCCGUCCCCUUGGCAGAAAAGAGGCGGAUCUUGAAAUGCUUUCAAAAUUAAAAGGCCACUGGAAGAAAAACGUUAGAAUCGCAUAUAACAAAGCUCUUAAGGAACUUGAAGGAAAUAAGACAUGAAAAGGGAAACAAAUUUAUUUAAAUUCAUUUUUUGGAUUCGAAAAAAUAUAUAUAAAU